AUGUCAGAAUUUGCACCUAUUUGUAUCUAUUUAGUGAUCAGUCCGCUAGUUUCUUUAAUCCCACUCGGUGUUCCUUUUCCAUUUGCUUCCAAUAGUUCGACCUAUCCAGAAAAAUUGUCGGCCUACGAAUGUGGUUUCGAUCCUUUCGGUGAUGCCAGAAGUCGUUUUGAUAUACGAUUUUAUCUUGUUUCAAUUUUAUUUAUUAUUCCUGAUCCGGAAGUAACCUUUUCCUUUCCUUGGGCAGUACCUCCCAACAAGAUUGAUCCGUUUGGAUCUUGGUCCAUGAUGGCCUUUUUAUUGAUUUUGACGAUUGGAUCUCUCUAUGAAUGGAAAAGGGGUGCUUCGGAUCGGGAGUAA